CGCUGUUGAGGAAACCUGCAGUUCACAGACGCAUCAGCUAGUUCCUCCUUGAGUCUAAAGAAAUAUCAGAGAUGAAAAAACAAGACACAGAAGAGUCUGCCAGCCAGGCCAGUGAGGAUGCUCCACCUACAGAUGGAGUGGAGGGAGCCGAGUCACCUGCAGCUGCGAAAGACAGCGAGGACAGCAGCCCCAGCCCCAAAGAGUCUGAACCACAGACGCCACAGACAGAUACACCGCCGCAGAGUGACGACGCAGGAAGCGAGGUUGCAGAAGCAGCGUUAUCUCAGUGCGACAAGGCUGAACAGCUGAGCAGGCAGCUGGAAGACAUCCUCAGCACUUACUGCCGGGAAGCCAUUUCAGACGACGCCAGCACGCUGCCCAACGGCCAAUCGCACAGCCUGGAGCUCAACGGCCUCGCUAACGAGAGGGACUACAAGCCGGAGGGGAGCAAAGUCAACGGGGGCGACAGCAGAGUAGAGAAGGAGCAGAAGAAGACUCAGGAUAAGAAGAAAGUGAAGGGACUGGGUAAAGAGAUCACCCUCCUCAUGCAGACUCUGAACACACUGAGCACCCCAGAGGAAAAGCUGGCAGGUCUCUGUAAGAAGUAUGCAGAACUGUUGGAGGAGCACCGUAAUACCCAGAAGCAGAUGCGAGUGCUGCAGAAGAAGCAGAACCAGCUGGUCCAGGAGAAAGACAACCUGAGGAACGAACACAGCAAGGCCAUCCUGGCCCGCAGCAAGCUGGAGAGCCUCUGCAGGGAGCUGCAGAGACACAACCGCACACUCAAGGAUGAAGGGAUGCAGAGAACUCGUCUGGAGGAGGAAAAAAGGAAGGAGGUGACGUCUCAUUUUCAGGUGACGCUGAACGACAUCCAGGCUCAGAUGGAGCAGCACAACGAGAGGAACGCCAGCCUGAGACAGGAGAACACAGAGCUGGCCGAAAAGCUCAAGAAGCUCUAUGAACAGUACAAGCUGAGGGAAGACCACAUAGAUAAAGUGGUAAAGCACAAGGACCUGCAGCAACAGCUGGUGGACACCAAGCUUCACCAGGCUCAGGAACUGCUGAAGGAGUCAGAGGAUCGCCACGACAGAGAGAAAGACUUUCUGCUGAAAGAAGCCGUGGAGUCUCAGAGAAUGUGCGAGCUGAUGAAGCAACAGGAAGUUCAUCUCAAACAGCAGCUGUCACUGUACACGGAGAAGUUCGAAGAGUUCCAGACCACUCUGUCCAAGAGCAACGAAGUCUUCACCACAUUCAAACAGGAGAUGGAGAAGAUGACUAAAAAGAUCAAAAAGCUGGAGAAGGAGACGGCCAUGUAUCGCUCCAGAUGGGAGAGUAGCAAUAAGGCUCUGCUGGAGAUGGCAGAGGAGAAAUCAGUGCGGGAUCGUGACUUCGAGGCACUGCAGGGUAAAGUCCAGCGGCUGGAGAAGCUGCGGAGGGCGCUCAAAGUAGAACGCAACGAGCUCAACAAGAAGGUGCAGAACCUCAGUGGUCAGAACGGCGGUGGUGCGGCAGAAGCCCCCAUCACCGACCCUGGAACCGACUCCCCCUCCCCUCCUCCCCCCACAGACUCUCUGCAGCUGGAAGGCAGCUUAGAGCCCACCACCAACAGCAGCAGCAGCCUCCCCGCCCCUGACAGCACCUCCUGCUCACACUCCUGCCACUGUGAGCCAGAACUGGAUGCGGUCGCCCUUCUAGAAGAGGCUCGCCCUCAGCCCGUCGUCGUCGCGCAGGAAUGAAGCUUCUCACUAGAGAGGAGAGCAGGGGUUCCUCUCCUCCUCUCCUCCUCCUCCUCUCCUCCAGCGUCGAGCCACCAAAACAAUAAAGCCACCAGCCCUGCAAGCCACUACACCUCCUGCUGGAUGAAGCUGAUGUUAGAAACGCUGGUCUAGAAGCAGAUCAGUCAGUCAUUCACCUUUUUUAUAUGUUUUAGGCAGAAUAAUCAGCCCUGCGGUCCUGCUCGUACAACUCUGCAGGCUUUAAUAAGGUGAUGGGAAGAUUGUGCCUCAUCUGUCAGUACAUUUACAUGCACAUUAGAACUCAAAUACUGCAAAUAUAACCGCAUUAAUAUAGUUUGAUCAAAGCGUUUCCCCAAUAAUCACAUUCAUAUCUUUAUAUAUAAGAGUUUGGUGAACAUCCUCAAGCCUAAAGGAAACAUCUUAUUAUCACUACACUAUAGAAGAAGAAAAGUAAGUGAUGUAUUCGAUUUCAUUCAUUAGUUGCAAAAUAAUUAAUGCUGACGCCCCAAAAAACUUACAUAGACAUGCUGCUUUCAGUCUACACACUGACACUCAUCAGAUUCAUGGUGUUAACAUAUCACAGUUUGAUAUCCUUCUCAAUUUCAACCUCAGUUUACAUGAUCAGUAAUAAUCUACCUAUCAUGGUGCGUGUAAAUGCACUGACCGCCUCUGCGUCGUGAUGUUUUUACUUCACAUUCCUCCCUCCUUUUUUUUUUUGACCACAGAACAGCUUGGCAAAUCAUCAGAGGCUGAAUGA